UCUCGUACGGCCGAUGGCUUUAACCCCCAGUAGGCCUUUCCCUAUUCUCCAGUGUUCAGUUGGAAUUCUUACCAAUUUAUUGGACUAAUAAUGGCAGAAUUUGACUUGACGGCUCGCAUCGGGCAAUACUUGGACAGGCAUUUGGUGUUUCCACUUCUGGAGUUUCUCUCUGCGAAGAAGAUUUACAAUGAAAAUGAACUCCUUCAAGCUGAGUUGGACAUACUCAGCAAAACUAAUAUGAUCGAUUACGCUAUCGACAUCAGGAAACAACUUUACCCCAAAUUCGAAGUCCCGGAGGAACUGAUCGAGCGACGUAAUCGCGUAUUGCAAGAACUCGGUGAUUUAGAAAACAAUGUAUCAGUUAUUCUAAAGCUGACGAACGAUGAUGACACCAUGGAAACAAUGGAGAAGAUGCGGGACUCUAAAGCCCUCAUAAACUUUCUCACAAAAGAAUCAGAUUUCAAAGUAGAAAUGAUGGAAAGUUUGGUCAAGCUUGCGAAGUAUCGUUACGAGUGCGGUACCUAUGCUGUUUCUACAUCCUAUUUAUAUUUCUACAUGCUGGUGAUGCCACCAACGGACAAGAAUUACUUGAACGUCCUCUGGGGAAAAUUAGCUUCGGAAAUUUUGGUCCGAAACUGGGACACUGCCUUAGAAGAUGUGAACAAGCUUCGAGAGUACAUUGAUAGCAAUGCUAUCGGCAACUCGUUGCAGGUUCUUCAACAACGUACUUGGCUUAUUCACUGGAGUCUAUUUGUUUUCUUUAAUCAUGUUAAGGGUAGGGAUCUGAUCAUCGAGAUUUUCUUAUACAGGCCUCAUUACUUGAACGCAAUCCAGACAAUGUGUCCCCACAUCCUUCGCUACUUGACAACAGCCGUCAUCAUUAAUCGAUCCAGACGUUCCACACUGAAGGAUCUCGUGAAAGUUAUUCAACAGGAAUCCUACACAUACCGGGAUCCAAUUACUGAGUUCUUGGAGCAUUUGUACGUCAAUUUUGAUUUUGACGGAGCUCGUCAGAAACUUCAAGAGUGUCAAACAGUUGUCUAUAAUGAUUUCUUCCUUAACGCCUUGUUAAACGAGUUUGUUGAGAAUGCUAGGCUCAUGAUUUUCGAAACCUUCUGUCGGAUUCACCAGUGCAUCAGUAUUGACAUGCUAGCGGAAAAGCUUAACAUGAAAGCAGAUGUUGCCGAAUGUUGGAUUGUCAAUCUAAUUCGUAAUGCGAGAUUGGAUGCCAAGAUCGACAGUAAGCUAGGACACGUAGUGAUGGGCGGGCAGCCAGCGUCACCCUAUCAACAGCUAGUUGAAAAGAUCGAAACAUUGAGCGUGCGGAGCGAAGCACUGGAGAAUUUGAUUGAGCGUAAACUAAAGGCCAAAAAUCAGGAUUCAGUCAGUAUAGUGUGGAACUAAUAAAGCUACGAAGACUUCCGUAAAUUCCAUCAUUUUCUAAAAAAAAAACUUUACACUCAGAAGACACCGUACAGAAAAGUAUCGAAUGUUGAAGCAUGAUGUUGUCAGUGGUUGCUGCAUUUUCUAUUGAAAAUAUCAGGCUUCUAUACAGUUUCAUGAAAAUGUCGCGUCGAAACAUCUUUGAUAUAAGAACAACACGUAAUAAACAAAUUUAUAUAAUUCUGACAUCCAA